AUGACAGCCUUGUCAGCACGCCUCCAAAACAACAAGCUGAAUGACUUGUUACGAAGAGCGGCAGAGGUGAUCAAUGGACGAGUUCGCGGCGGCCCGCCAUCGCCGAGUGGCACCCUCCUCCGGAGAUCAAAUACUCAGGAGGUCAUUCUCGAGUGGGAAGUUGCGUCUACCUACGUGAAAUGCUACUUUGAGAGAAUCCACCCAUUUUACCCAUUCCUCGACCGUGCCACGUUUGAACAGACGAUUUCCAACCCUAACUUCUCUCAGGAAAUGAUCACCAACAAGGCAUUGUCGGCUUUAUAUCAUGCCGUUCUGGCCCUUGGCUGCCAACACUCCGGGUACGGAAGUUUUGAACCAGGGAAAUCGAGAUCAUGGCUGCUAUUUUCAGUGGCACUAGCCGCGUUUCCCGACCUCCUGACUCUUCCUGACUCUCUUUUGCUUCUGCAGGCACUUACAGCCAUGACCAUCUUCACACUUUCGUUGUCCUGUCUCCAAAUCGAGCACAUCAUUCUUACCGAAAGUUCCAGAAGAGUGCAAAAGAUUCCGCUCAGCAGACAGAAGGACGCAGUUCUCAAGUCUUACGCACGGACAUUUUGGGUCUUGUACAGCAUUGAAAAAACAUCGAGCUUCUACUGUGGGAGGAGCUCUUUUUUCAACGACACAGAUAUCGGCCACUGUGUUCCGACGGUGUCGGAGGCAUCUUUCGGCGAGUACAAUUGGUUUUUGGCUUGGUCGAGACAUGCACGUUUGCUUUCUCGGGCAUAUAGCUCUCUAUUCUCCAUUGGUGUGACGGGGAACUCACGAGAAUACUUCUGCGCUGUCAUUGAUCAGUUGGAAACUGAACUGCAACAAUGGCGCAUGUCAAUCCCGGAAUUCAUUCGACCCGGGGCUCCUUUUUGGGACAAUUACCUGCCCGGCCCAUUGACGAGAGUUGUGGCCCUCUGGACUCACUAUCUUUAUUAUGGACUUCUUCUAGCUCUUUCCCGUGCAAGAUUGCAUCUCGAAAGUCGACCUGAAGAAGCUGCCACCCCCACCCGACAGUUUGACAGCAACAUGGCCAUCAUCAAGGCUUCAAGAUCCAUCCUUGAGUUGAGCAGGUUCAUAGAUGUUGAACCGCAUACACCGAUGUGGGUUCUGGUAGGCAUACCGAUUGCCGCGCUGUUUGUGCUUUUCGAUUUCAUCGUCCACAAUCCCAACCAUCCAGAAACAGCAAGCAACCUGGCACUUUUGCACGUCGCGGGUGGUCAUUUUAGUCAAAUCGACUACGCAAGUGGCGGCGCCCUCCCCGGUUCAAUGAUAACUGAAUUUGCCUUUAUUGCAGCAGAAUACACGAGAGACGUUCAAAAUCGGGGCUCAAAAAGCGAAUCCUCUCUCAAGCAGCAAAGCACGCUAUCUUCGGCUCUCAGCUGGCCAGUUCUACCCUUGAAUUCAGGCCCAAACCCCGCCGGUUAUAGCAAUGUCCCCCUGGUUGGUUCAAUGGUCGCUUCCUCUCAAGUACAGGAUAACCUAGACCAAGCGUUUCAACAGCUCCCGAUCCUACAAGAUUCUGCUAAUACCUCGUCGGGAUCCAUGGAACACUUAACAUACCCAAUCAACAACCAUUCGAACUACGUGCAGGAUGAUAUCUCAAUGGGCACAAAUAUUAUGGACCUCUUCGGCCUUACGGUCCCUGGAGUCGACGCUAACCUUGGACUAUGGGGUGGCUUAGGAGCGGAGGAAUGCGGCGAAUAG